UUUAUAUUAACUUUUACGUAGGUCACUGGGAAUUUAGAAACUUCGCGAAUCAUCGACGAUGGGGAAGGACUAUUAUAAGAUUCUCGGUAUAUCUAAAGGUGCAAAUGACGAUGAAAUUAAGAAAGCUUAUAGAAAGCAAGCGCUUAAAUAUCAUCCUGAUAAGAACAAGUCUCCGAACGCAGAGGAGAAGUUCAAAGAGAUUGCGGAAGCGUACGACGUUUUAUCUGAUCCCAAGAAGAAGGAAAUAUAUGACAAAUAUGGUGAGGAGGGACUGAAGGGUGGACCCACGUCGAGCGAAGGUGGACAAGGCUACACUUAUACAUUCCAUGGUGACCCACGAGAAACAUUUAGAAUGUUCUUUGGUACGGAUGACCCUUUCUCGGGGUUUUUUACAUCAGGAGGCAGGCGUAGUACCGUAGGAGAGCCUAUGAACGUCGAUGAUUUCUUUGGUAGCACACCUUUUGGAGGUUUCUUUGAAACUAGGAAUGUCAGCACGACAGGUGGUCGAAAACCUCAACAGGAUCCUCCAAUCUAUCAUGAUUUGUCAGUUUCACUUCAAGAUGUUCUUCAUGGGACGACUAAGAAAAUUCGUAUUACGAGAGCUCGUUUGAAUCCGGACAGACAAACCACUCGUCAGGAAGAAAAGACGGUUGAAAUCGAAGUUAAAAAAGGUUGGAAAGCUGGUACAAAAAUCACGUUCCCUCGGGAGGGUGAUGAGAGCAUUAAAGGCAAUGUUCCUGCCGACGUUGUUUUCGUUGUUAAAGAUCGAACACACAAACAUUUCAAGCGUGAAGGUAGUGAUGUACGUUACGUGGCUAAAAUUAGCCUAAAACAAGCUCUUUGUGGGGGUACUAUCUCAAUACCAACAAUCGAUGAAGGACAAAUAAACAUCCAACUCACUGAAAUCAUCAAACCUGGGACAACUAGACGUAUUCCACAUCAAGGUCUUCCCUUUUUAAAGGAACCUAGUCGCCUUGGUGAUAUGAUAGUUGAAUUUCAGAUCGUUUUUCCAGAUUAUCUAUCAAAUUCACAGAAAUCCCAGUUAGCAUCAAUACUACCCAACUAAUCAUGCAAGUUAAUUAUUGAAAAGACGUGAACUAAUACUCGAUUUUAGAGGCUGUAAUUUUUUUCUGCUAUAGUAUGUAUAUAUCAGUUUUCCUAAAGUUACAAAUCUAUCUUGCCUUCACUG